AUGGCACGAGGCCAUUUAAGCGACGCAGCUACGGCGAAUAUACAGUCCGAAGACGAUAUCGCAACACCGACGCUGAUUUCCCCGCCCGAGUCCAAAACACCACCGACCGCUUCCCACAAGCGCAGCCAGUCAUUCCCUACCAAAAGGCUCAGUCGCAACUCAGAACCAAUAGAUCCCACAGCUUUAUCAAAAGCGCUUGGACAUAUUGAACAAGCUGGCCGGGUGCGAGAGCGGACACCAACAGCAAGCCCCAGCCGAAAGCGCCCGCGGACGUACGGUGACAGAUUUAUCCCAAACCGCGCAGGCCAGGAUCUCCAGGCCAGCUUCAAUCUACUCCACGAUGACGCAUCUCCAGCGACCCCGUCCAAGGCUAGGCGGACUCCUCACAACGAGCUGCACUUUCAGAAGACUGAAGAAGCCAACCGCACAUAUUCCGCCGUACUCCGACAAGAAAUGUUCGAGGGCUCAGUGCCUCAGGCAUUACCCCAGAGUUUGUCACCGACCGACAGUGGUAAUAUGAGGGGCGCAGGACGCUCACAUACUCCUCCAGCGAGGACCACAGCCUCGCUACCGCCCCCUUCAGGGACUCCAUCUACCCCGCACAAGAACCUCUUUUCCUACUCAGGCCAGCCAACACCGUCACGAACGCCUUCGAGUCGGCAUGGUGUACUCAACCUCAAUGCUCGAUCAGACCUUUAUAGUCUAUCACCCAUCAAGUACAGCAGUCAACGUAUGCUGCUCAGCCCUCAACGUCAAGCUCGCGCAGUUUCCAAAGUACCAUACAAAGUUCUGGAUGCUCCCGAUCUAGCAGACGAUUUCUAUCUAAACCUGGUAGAUUGGGGCAGCCAAAAUACUCUAGGUGUAGGCCUUGGAUCAUGUGUAUACAUGUGGAAUUCGAGCAGUGGUCGCGUUACCAAGCUGUGUGAGCUUGCCGAUGAUUCUGUGACCAGUGUGAACUGGAUACAACGUGGCUCACAUAUCGCUGUUGGUACAAAUCGAGGCCAAGUGCAAAUAUGGGACGCACAGACUCAGCGCCGCCUUCGUACCAUGACUGGCCACACCGCUCGUGUUGGGGCCCUUGCAUGGAACGAGCACAUUCUCACUUCUGGAUCCAGGGAUCGCACCAUCUACCACCGGGACGUUCGGCAGCCAGAACAAUGGCUUCGCAAGCUUGUCGGCCACAAGCAAGAAGUCUGUGGGCUAAAAUGGAACCAAGAAGACGGCCAGCUCGCAUCCGGAGGCAACGACAACAAGCUCAUGGUGUGGGAAAAGCUCAACGCAGAGCCUACCUUCAAGUGGAGUGAGCAUCAAGCUGCCGUCAAAGCAAUCGCUUGGAGUCCACAUCAGCGAGGUCUCCUGGCUAGCGGUGGUGGUACAGCAGAUCGAACAAUCAAGUUCUGGAACACGCUCAUAUCCUCAAACGGCCCGUCAGCUUCAGCGCUUGCAUCUGCAUCAGCGGCUGCAUCAGCAGCAGCGACCACCAACAUUCCACUUUCACCGACAGCACCAGCAAACCUCAUCAACAGUCUCGAUACUGGUAGCCAAGUGUGCAACCUCGCAUGGUCCAAGAACAGCAACGAAAUCGUUUCCACCCAUGGAUACAGCCAAAACCAAAUCAUUGUUUGGAAGUACCCAAGCAUGCAGCAAGUAGUUUCGCUUACCGGCCACACUUACCGUGUACUUUACCUGGCUAUGAGUCCAGAUGGUCAGGUGAUUGUUACUGGCGCUGGUGACGAGACGCUUCGCUUCUGGAAUGCUUUCAAGAAGAAGGAGCGCACUGGGGGCUUGAGUAGUAUGGACAGUUGGGGCGUCAUUCGCUGA